ACGCGGGAGGCGACACAGGGAAAGGGAAGUGAGCCAAACCCUCUGAGGCUUUGCCUGCCGCCUUUUUGGUCUGAGUUUCCACAUCCAGGUACUAGUCCACCAGUGACCCUGGACAGUAACAAAACAUAAAAAGCCCGAACCCACCUCCCGCCACCAGCAUAGCUCCACGCUCUGGAAUCUGACAGACAUCACCUACCCUUGUGCUUCAGUUUUGUAACUUGUAAGGUUCUGUAGCUCGUUUGGAAAUCAGUAAACCAUGGCAUCUAAGAAGUUUGCCAUUAAAUGUGGAAAUUUUGCUGUCCUCGUGGAUCUUCAUAUAGUGCCACAAGGUCCAAACAAAGAUUCCAGUUGGUUUUCAGAGCAGAAGAAAGAGGAAGUUUGUUUGCUGUUAAAAGAAACCAUUGAUUCCAGAGUUAAGGAGUACGUGGGCAUUUAUAAACAGCACAGGCCAUCAAAUGCAGAAUUCACAAGAUCCAGUCCCUUGUCCUUAAAAGGUUAUGGCUUUCAGAUCACAGCCUAUUUCAUCAAGAGAGGGAUACGCCUUCGCUGUAUUCAGAGCUCACAGAACACUGAACUUCGUAUAUUUCCUGACAGAUUUGUGGUCUGUGUUAGUCAACUUGCAUUCGGUCCUGAUACUUGGGCAAGCCAGAAUGAAAAAUCGACAAAAAGAACCCUCCACGGACUGUCUGACUAUUUCGCUGGGUGUGCACAGAGUUCACCUUCUCCUGGUACAAAGCUCAAGAAAAACACUCUACAAGAAAUUGUGAGAAGAACUGAAGGAAAACGCAGUGCCAAGAGCAAAUCACAGGCCAGCGCGGACCGUGUGGGAAGAUCUGGUGACUCGGUCAUUACUGUGGUACCAAGGAGGAGGGAUGCCUCAGCUGUUCUCCUGUCAGAAUCCAUGGGUCAAGCACAAGAUGACAUAAAAGCAGCCAAGAGCCACCGGGGACUUCCUGUUCAAAAGCUGGAAAAUGUUUCCCAGACUGAGCCAGAAGACACUAGCAGCCAGCAACAACCUCAUCCUGGGGAGUGGCUAAAGUCGGGGCUUCUAAGCAGGAGCCCUAUGUGUAGCUAUGAGUCAGCAUCACCAGGUCCAAAGCAAAGUCCACGAGCAGCCAAGACACAACAGAAACGCAGGAACUGCGGCUCUGCGGAAGACUCUGACCACCGCAGGAGAGUUUCUCUUGGAAAUGAUGGGUUAGCCCCAGGAGACGUGAUGGUGGGAAAGAGCACAGCUGUCAGUGUUUUGCCAGCGUUAGAGUUGUCAGAUCCAGGGUUGCUUUUGAAUCAGGAUUUGGCAAAAGCCACGGCUAAAGAAGAGCUCCAUGCUUUGGAAAAUCUCUCCUCCAGACACCUUAUGACCAACAUCCCAGGGCAGGCACAGCAAGCCACCCCGGCUGCAGCUGACGAAAGAUUAGCGACAGUUGAAGGCGGCCCAAGCAAAAAAAGAAAGAAAUUGCAAAGUUCUAGCAGAGGAUGUAGUAGCAAGAAAACUUUGAGUGUGUAGUUCCCGGGAUUUGGAAAGAAUUGGGGUAAUCUCUCUAAAUAAACAGAUGUUUAGAGGCUGGAGGAAUGUCUCAGUUUUUAGGAGCACUUACUGCUCUUGCAGAGGACCUAGGUUGGCUUCCAAGCAUCCACAAGGUGACUCAGAAGCAUCACGAACUCUAGAUCCAGGAGACACAACACCCACUUUUGGCCCCCAUGGGCACUGGGCAUGCACAUGGUAUAUAUACACACAAGCAGGCAAAAUACACAUACACAUGAGAUAAAUCUUUUUUAAAAAGCUGUUUGUGUUGGGAUUAGACUUCACAGUCACCUCCUGGAGGCUGUUUUUCUAAUAGGCGUGUUACUUUCUCAUCAUGUUUAUAACUGUCUCCAGAAAACACUGUGUUGACAAAGAGCCCUCUACUUGUCAAGGUAUAUAGGACCCCGUGGAGAAACCAGUAAUGUGGGGUUUUCUCACUGCAUCACUAUGGAGACCUCCUGAUGGGAUACAGAGAGAUGGUGCCCUACGCUGCCGGCCAGCUCUUGUGCUCCAGUCCUCUUGUCCUCAAACUGAGUACGUGGCAGUGAAAAUAGGCUAGUGGUUCUCAGUGCUGUGGUUCUAUGCGAAAUGCAGGUUUGGAGUCUGAGAGGAGUUAUGAUUCCGAAAUAACACUGAAGCUGACAAUUCCCUAGGAAUUAUUUCCUCCAGUCUUGCCACCGCGGCUUCCAUCAACUGGGGCCACAUGUGGACACGUACAGCCCUGUGCUCCCUCGGACUUGUGAAGUAUUUAGAUUGUGUUGAGUCACUUAAUUCCCAGGUUCUGCUGCAGGACAGAGACAGCGCUUAGGGAGCUGGUUAGCUGUAGUUGCCAGAAAUGUACAGGUAAUUCAUCUCAGCCUUACGUGAAGACGUGGAAGAGGUGUGUUCUGUGUGCCGCAGGUCUGACCCUGUUCUUGUUCACACCUCCAGUAUUCCAGCUACAGUAAGGACAGACCAGAACCCAUUCCAGUUCCAAGUUGGAAAAAUUCACAGGACGUUUACAUAUUCUCUUCGGUUGUAUAGCCUAAGAAACCUAAGUUGUCAGCCUGGAAGUUUCAUCUGAUAAUCCCAGCCUCAAAGGACCAGAAACCACUUGCUGUUGUUCCUUUCCUUUCCUGCCUAGCUUUUUUUUUUUCUUGAGAGAUAAUUCCCAACCAUUGAAUCCUCAAUGGAAGUCCAAGUAGCCCCCAUUAUACACCAAGAAGCAGCUCGCUCAGAAAGAUCCUAAAGUCAAAGCCAGUCCUAUCAGAAUGAUGGGCUCCAAAACUAAGAUAUUCCGACCUGGAAUCAACCGGGUUUUACUUGUUUAAUGGUUAAGGUCAGACUCAGUCCUUAAUUGUACUUAAAUGAAGGAUUUGCUUUCAAGAAAUGUUUUGUUUUUCAAAUCUGUUAUUGUAGGAAAUAACGAUUAUUGUGACUAGUGAGAAAAAAUAGUACGUUUGGUUUGUACAUAGAUGUGGUCUUUCACACAGUAUUCAUGCACAAUGGAUUUUAACAGGAUUAGCAGGGAAUGGCUCUGGGCUCCCAUAAGUGGCAUAUGUUUAAGGAUAUGCCUUUAAGGAUUUUGCCUUUAAGCAUUUUCCUUUGGUGUAUCUGAAACACCUCUACAUCUCUUGUUUCUUGAAUGGUUUUAUAAUUCUUUGAAUAUAUGGACAAAGGGGGAAAUUAGUCCCAAGUGUUUUGUUAAUCAUCAGGUGGUAUAUUAAAUAUUUUCUACUGUUGGGAGUGGUAUGAGUUUUUAUAUUCUUAACUAUUGUAAUAACUUGGCAUUUGAAAUUCUGAGACCCUGUCAGUGUUGAUAGUCAAAAACAAGUUCUUCAACCCCUUGGUACCCAAAUUAAAUUUAUAUUCAGGUCCCUGUAAUUCUGAUACUUACAAGAGAUAUCCAUCCAGUUCUCCUGAUAUCAUUAUAACUGAAGAACUUUCUCAGUACCUGGGAUGCUAAGCCACCUCUAUGUUCUUUCAAAUGACAUUUAAUAAGUGAGAACUGGUUAGGUCUUUUCUUUUUCUUUCUUUCUUCCUCUCCCUCCACCCCCAUUUAAAAUCCUGUGGGAGAGGCUGGGCCUGGGGCUGUCCUAGCACUCAGGAGGCAAAGGCAGGCAGAUCUCGUGAGUUCAAGGCUAACUUGGCUUACAUAGUAAGUUCCCAGAUAGCCAGAGCUACAUAGUGAGACCCUGUCUCAAAACAAACAGAUGAGAAAAGGUAUGAGCAUAAUCUGAGGUUUUUCUUGCACAAUUGCUUUUUCUUUGCCACUGGAGGUAAACUCACCCAGAUAUGCAUAUGAUACGUUAAGUGUAAAAGGUCACUUGGCACUAGGACAGAGUAAGAACCACAUGGUUUUGUUCCCUUAUUGCAUGCUAAAGAAAUAUGGAAAUGCAUUUCAUUCUUUAAAAAUAAGACUCAUGGGCUGUUGGUGAAGAAGGCGCUUUGCAUGUGCAGUUCUCUGGAUUUGAUCCCUAAGAUAUCAGUAAGAGAAAAAUACACAAAACGUCGGUAGUUUGAUUUCUGAAGAAUGUAGCUCAUCUCUGGAUGAACCUUCUCAAAGUGUAUUUUGGAGAUGAUACUGGGGUCUCAAUGUAAUUGUUUUAUGUUUGCUGUUGUAUUUAGAUUUCAGCAGAGAUCCUGCCUAUCAGUGCCCUUUGGCUUCAGAAAGAGCCCCAACUGGGGCAGACACAUAGGGAAGGAACUAUCCAUGCCCAAGAGAAUGGCCUAGGAUCAGUGGCGGCAUUGCUGUUUCCUUAAGCUCCUUGGCAGACCUUACUGUAAUAUUUCCACAAAACGGUAGUGAAUGGUCCUCUGAAUAACAAGCAACUUUUCAAGAGCCAAAAAAACUCGCUGUGCAGCAUGCUGGGACUGGAAUAUGGAAAUUGUUUUAAUUUCUUCUUUUCUCUUAUGAGGAAAUCACUGCAUUUGGUUUGUCAAGACAAGAGAGUUCAUUCCCCAGUAUUGAAACAGUGAUGAACUGAAACAUGUUGGAGCAAGUAAAAAAAAAAAAAAAAAAAAAAAAAUAAGUCAAAAUUAAACUGGCUUCUCUUAAAUAGCUUAAAGCUUUCCACAGUACAAAAUAAAUUAAGCAUUGUAAAAUGAAGUUAACUCAAGUAACCACUCCGUACGGAAAUGUAGCCAUAUAUAUCAUCAGCCUUGCUGUUCUAGGGUAUAAUUAAAUCCUCAGAAAUCUGCGGAAUUCCCUCUAAUUUGGUUUCUAUAUAUAUUUAAUGAGACAGGGAGUGAAUGUAUGUCAAUAUGUAGCAUAACAGGGACCUUAGAUGGAUGAGAUUUCCUUUACCAUCUGGACCCAUUCAGGUAAAUUCCAUUGGCAGCAGAGAAUUGCCAUACUAUGUUAAGUGUUCCCAUCACCAUUCUCACCAGAGAUUGGCAAUUCGUUUACUGAAGCAAAAGUUGGCAAAACCACACAUUUGACUCCCCAGAGCAUCUGAUGGGUUCUAAUAGGUGGUAGUUUGACAGAUUCUCAGAAUGAGUUUCCGUGUAGAAUUAGACAUUGCCAAAUCUCCCGGAGAACCCUGGUCCUCUCGUUUAAGUAGCUUAAAUAGUCUGAGUGUCCAGCGAAUAAAACCAUUUUGUAUUGAAAAUGUACCUGUUUAUGAAUAAAUAUGUGUGCU